AUGGCCAUAAUACGAAGCUCUCGAGCUAUCGUUCGCUCAAUCGAGCGCGUUGCCUUUCAAAGCACUGCACGCACAUCUACUGCUCCUGCUCUGACCCUCAGACAGGAGAUUUGCGCGUCAAAACACAACUUAACAACAUUGACUUCUCGAAGGUCUUUCUCGGUCUUAUCGACUCUCAAGGAGUCAGGAGCGGCGUCGGCGUAUGAACCAGUUGGUUCUGGCAUCUCUCCUCCCAAAUCAUACAGCUUCGAAGAAGUACAGGAUCUGACCAGCAGUCCUUCUAAAGGUCGCAUCUUAAUCGACGUUCGAGAACCAAGCGAGUUGCUCCAAACUGGUCGUAUUCCAACUGCCAAGUCAGUGCCUAUCUCUUCCGCUCCAGACGCCUUCUUCAUGAAUGAGGAGGACUUCGAGACGAAGUUCGGAUUUCCUAGACCUAGUGAGAAAGAUGAAGUUAUAUUCUACUGUAAGGCUGGUGUGAGGAGCAGGCAGGCUGCCUUGCUAGCUCAACAGGCUAGACCAGUCUUUGGCGGGAAAGUGGGAAACUAUCAGGGAAGUUGGCUCGAUUGGGAAAAGAACGGAGGUAAAGUCGAAAAAGAGGGCGAACAAGGGGAAGAGAGUAGCGUCUCGGGAGUCACGAAUCCUGGUCAGGCUGUUCCCGGUACUCCUAGACCAUAA